GCGCCGUCUGUUGACAGCCAACACCGGAAGUAUCUCCAACAAGCCAUCUGUUUCCCAGCCCUUCGGCCCCGUCUCAGGUCAAAAUUAAUCAUUCUGUUUUUAGCAUUAAUAUGUCAAAUACUAAUCGUAUCGUAAAUGAUGCGGAGACACGUCAUCAUCGAGACUUCUUAACCGGGACGCGAGAACGGAGCGGGUGUCGACACCAGCAUGAGCGCGCUGUCAAACACACACACAGAGAACUGAAUGACCCCAGGGGAAGAGAUAGACCACACAAUGCUGAGCCAUCGCAGGAACCAGCUGAACCGGAGGCCCCACAGGUGGAUGACUGUGAGAAGAUGGGCACUUUGUUCGGGGAGCUCAACAAGUGUUUGAGGGGUCUUGGAUUCACCCAGCUCUACUUCGGAGAGAAGAUUGUGGAGCCGGUGGUCGUGCUGGUGUUUUGGUUGCUUUUGUGGUUCCUUGGUAUCCAAGCGCUUGGCCUCGUGGGAACUCUGUGCAUCAUUAUCAUUUACAUCCAGAAAUAGCAGACGAGAAUAUACAGAUGAAGGACAGUUUUGCCACUUACAGCCAGUAGAGAGGAGAUUGAGACUCCUUUCUGUAAACGACAAGCUCCACAACUCCGUUUACGCGGGUGUUGUUUGCUUUCUUGUAAUGUGGGUAUAUAUUCAAGAAGGUGAAUUAUUGAAGAUAAUCAGAGGAUUUACUUUAAUUGCUAGAAUGAUUCCACCAGUCUAUGCGCUUUCAUGCAUAAGGCAUUUGUGAAAAGCAUGCUUCCCUUCACUCCUGAUUGGUGCAUAGAGAUAGGAUGACUGUCGUAACCUGUACAGGUUGAAGAGCUUUAUUAUAACUGGUUGUACAUAUCAGCUUGACAGUCAUUUGAAAUGAAAGUGGUAUCCUUGUUGAAUGUAUUGCUGAUGUGUUCCCAGGUUUCAGUCCUGUUUUCUCUACGCAAUUGCACUAGAGGGCAACCUUCCUCAUUCUUUAUAAAAGAGAUAGUUCAUCCGAAACUGAAAAUGAUUUUGUCAUUUACUCACUUAAACACUAAAGAAGAUAAAAAAGACUGGAAACUGGUAACCAUUGACUUCCAAAGUAGAAAAAAUAAAUACUAUGGAAGUCAAUGGUUACAGGUUUUCAGCUUUCUUUAAAAUAUCUUCUUUAGUGUUUGGUAGCACAAAGAAACUCACAAAGCUUUAAAAUAACUUGAGGGUGAUUAAAUAGUGAGUCGAUUUUCAUUUUUGGGUGAACUAUCCCUUUUAAGAUGUGUUAGGAAAUCUAACAGGGAUGAAUAAUUAUUCUGAGUUAAAACUUGAAUGUGUUAAUACUACUGCAUGUGAAUGUUCUGGGGCUGCUGGGGUAUUUUUGGACUUCGUCUGACAGUUUGAAUUAAAUACAGUUCUCCAAGAGUCUGAGCAGAGGAGGAAUCUGUAUUAAAACCAAACCUAUCAUGAAAAAGAUCUACGUUAUGCACUGUAUUUUUGGAUUUGUUUAUUAACUGAUGUUUCUUAAAGGGACAGUUCACCCUAAAUUAAAAAUGGACUGAGCAUUUACUGGUACCAAACCUUUUUUUUUCUGUUGUAUACAAAAGAUGAUAUUUUGAAGAAUGUUUUGUUCCAGGGAUGUCCAGACUCAGUCUUGGAGGGCCGGUGUCCUGCAGAUUUUAGCUCCAAUUUGCCUCAACACACCUGUACAGAUGUUUCUGGAAAGCCUAGUAACAGCUUGAUCAUCUAGCCCAGGUGUGUCUGAUUGAGGUUGGAACUAAACUCUGCAGGACACUGGCUUUCCAGGACUAAGUUCGGACACCCCUGUUUUAAACGGUUAGCAGUAGUAAAACAAAAUCAUUGCAUAUACUAUUAUCGUUAUAAUGAUAAUUUUCAUAUAUUGUGCACACACUAUGAAUAUCAAUGCCUGCUGCUUUCCAACAUCCAUCAAAAUUCUCUCUAUCAUCA